AUACUUAAUCACCGCCCCACUUCUCUGCAAGGAGCUUGGUCACUUGAGUAAACACCGUGGGAUAGUCUGACACACACCACGUGACACUGGUUUUCCUGCCCGCGAAGUGUUUACACAACGGAUUUGACUCACAGAUACAACUCAUGCAAGAAUGGAGACAAUGGACAGUAACCAGAAUUAUUUACGGAGAAACAGUAGUGGAAAUUCUGUUCACAAACCAGGAACUGACCUGAGUGAAAUUGUAACAAUGGCCUGUCUCAGUGACCGCUGUGACGUCCUAAAGGCAAGACUCCAGGGUAUAUCGAAGAGUGACGUUAACCUUCAAGACACAGCGGGGAUGACUGCUCUGCAUUUUGCCAUUGCACAUAAGAAGGUGGAGGCGGUCAACCUUCUGCUUGACCAUGGAGCAGACGUCAAUGCAGCAGAUGAUCAUGGCUUCACUCCCCUCUUCCUGGCUACGGGUCGUUAUGCUGACUAUGAUGUGGCACUAACUCUACUCCAGAAAAAUGGUAUCAGUGUCAACUGCAUCAACUACAACGGUGCAACACCUCUACACGGGGCUGCCCAUGCACAGAAUCCAGAUUGUGUGCGUCUGUUGAUACGACAUGGCGCCUGUACCACUGCCAAGUCCAAGGAUGGCGCCUCGCCACUUGAUCUGUCUGGGGAUCACAUGGAAACCAUAGCUGCUCUCAAGACCACCCGGUGUGUAGAGUGUGGGGAUCAACCAAUCACAGGCCUGAAGACAUGUGGUCAGUGUCAGGGGCCACUCUACUGCAGCAAAGAAUGUCAGCGGAAACACUGGAAGGAGGGCGGCCACAAGAAGGAGUGCGGAGGGUUUGUGUGGGCCCUGCCCUACAUGGCCCCCGGCACCAAAUCGGGAUGGGUAUCCACCAUCUCCCUUCACAACUUGUCAGUAUCUACAACUUCAGCAACACACAUGAAGCUCUCCAAGAAGAACAUCCCCAAGGAACGCUUCAUUGUCAAGGUGCAGCUUCCGCUAGGCUGUGACAAUGAGGAUAUGAUGGUUUACAACAAGGAACGCUCCCUCACACUCCUCAUCGGUCCUGAUCAUCAACAGAAAGCAUUUCGUUACAUGGCACGGAAAAUCAGAAGUGAUGGAUUCAUGGGACUGAAGGCUUUCUUUUGGGCAGAGCUCGUCAACGAUCCCGAACUCAAGGUCAAGGUUUACCACAGUAAAUGUGCGCCUUUCCAGGAAUGGUGAUCUGCUGAUCUGCACAUGACAAUAUAUGUGUUAUGGUUUCUGUUAUAUGAUUAGUUGAUUUUUUUAAUAAAUAGAACUAUAAAUUUGAUCCCUGACUCACAUUGAAAUGUUAUUCGCAUGAACAUAUUGGAUGAAACAAAGGUUACGUUUGACACUUUCUGGGCAUUUUGUUUCUUUCACCUAUAUCAAAAGAAUGUAAGUUUGUCAAAACGUGUAAUUUUGUAGGGAGAGAUAUUUCUUGUGUAUCCCUAGAUAAAAACCCUGAGGUAUAGAUAACAGCUACAUAAAAACAAAUUCACUCACCAAAGAGUGAGUGAGUUUAGUCUUACGCUGCACUCAGCAAUAUUCCAGCUGUAUGGUGGUGGUCGCGGUCGAGUCUGGACCAGACAAUCCAUAUACGCUCACUGUAUAUAUACACAAAGAACUUAAUUAAGCAUCCCUGUAUUUUUGCAGUGAUAGGUUUUCAACACGUACAUAAAACUUAUUGUUGUGACCACGUUGGAAAAACAUGAUUUUUUCUCGCCCAUAUCAUCCUUUUACUCACAAGAACAACAAAAUGAUUGGAAUCCAUGUUGAUUUUAUGAUGAUAAUUAAAAAAGACACAGAUUUUCAUACAAAACCAUGUCUGAAAUUGGAUUUCAGCAACCCUCUCUUGUCAUGAAAGGCAUGUAAUGGGAUUGGGCGAUCAGGCUCACUAUGGUUGGUUCCUAUCAUUGUUUUGAUGCUCAUGAUGUCAAUCAUUAGAUUGUCCGGUGUAGACUUGAUUCUGUAUUAUAUUGUGCUUAGUAUGUAAUAUGCCUCAGUGUGACAUUAUAAACAGCCAGACAAAAGAUGUGGGUAAAUAGUCUUGGUGCUCCCUGUGAUGAUUUGUUACUGCAGCAUGAAACCUAACUGCCUCACUCACUCACUGCCUUGUGUUGUAUCUCAGGAUGAAAGUGGAAUUUGAAAUUACUGACAGGUUUGUUUCAGAGGUAAUUAUUAGAAUGCAAUCUGGUUAUCUGUUUCAGUUCUGUAUUUUAUGUUUCUGAAUAUGUCUCUUUUUCCAUUUUAUCAUUUGAGAUUGUUUUAUUAUGAAGCACAGGAAGAAGUUUGUAAAAUAUGAUUACAGUGAUUUGUUAUGAACUCUAUCAUUUAAAUAUCACCUUUCAUUCCUGUGAAGAGUUUCCUCUGGACUGAAUCUCAUUGAUGUAUGAAACAUAUAUGAUACAUGGAAAUGUGUUACCGAUUUGAUUCUCCAGUUAUUUUCCUAUAUUUAUUUACAUAAAGAUUUAUUGUUGUUAUAACAGAAUAUAAAACAUUGUACA